UUGUAAUUGCUCUUCCUUCCUGUGACACAGCCAGAGUCCCCCUACUUCUCCCUCAGAGCUGCUUUCCCCUCCCCUUAUCCCUCCCACGGAGUCAGAGGACACUACAGGAGAGAACUUCAGAGUCUGAUUAGAAGGGCCAGAUCAGCAGCUGAAACAGCCCAAACCAGGAGACAGCUACAAAAUGGCUAAGUGUGAAUUAUGUGGUCCUGGUUACAAGUCGCCUCUUGAUGCAAUGAAAGGUCCACGGGAGCAGAUUGUUUACUUGCCCUGUAUUUAUCGUUCCACUGGCAUAAAUAAGCCUGACUACUUGGCCACUGUGGAUGUUGAUCCUAAAUCCCCAACAUACUCACAAGUUAUUCACCGCCUGCCAAUGCCCAACCUUAAUGAUGAGCUGCACCACAGCGGCUGGAACACCUGCAGCAGCUGCUUUGGAGACCCUUCUAAGUCCAGGAACAAACUGAUCCUACCUUCUCUUGUGUCUUCCCGUGUCUAUGUGAUAGAUGUGGGAACCGCCCCUCGAGCCCCUCGUAUUCACAAGGUUGUGGAGCCGGAAGAUGUGUUCUCAAAGUGCAAACUAGCUAACUUGCACACCUCCCACUGCCUUGGUAGCGGGGAAAUCAUGAUCAGUGCCAUGGGGGACCCAUCAGGAAAUGCCAAAGGUGGUUUUGUGUUGCUGGAUGGAGAGACAUUUGAGGUGAAGGGAAACUGGGAGGCAGAGGGCAAUUUAGCAAAAUUUGGCUAUGAUUUCUGGUACCAGCCACGGCAUAAUGUCAUGAUCAGCACUGAAUGGGGUUCACCCAGUGCAUUUUUGAAGGGGUUUAAUACAGACGAUGUUGCAGCAGGUCACUAUGGACAUAGUUUGAAUGUGUGGGAUUGGACCAAGCAUACUCUUAUACAGACACUGGACUUGGGGCAAGAUGGACUGAUACCACUUGAGAUCAGAUUCCUCCAUAAUCCAGAUGAAGAACAAGGCUUUGUUGGUUGUGCCCUAAGCAGCUCUGUUUUCCACUUCUACAAAGGCAAGGAUGGCAAGUGGGCAGCAGACAAGGUGAUUAAAGUGGAGAGCAAAAAGGUGGAAGGAUGGGCCUUGCAAGAAAUGCCAGGACUGAUCACUGAUAUCCUCUUAUCGCUGGAUGAUCGCUUUCUUUACUUUAGUAAUUGGCUACAUGGUGACAUCAGACAGUAUGACAUCACAAACCCUAAAGAGCCCAAACUGACCGGGCAGAUCUUUCUCUCUGGCAGCAUUGUAAAAGGUGGUAAAGUCAUUGUUAAGGAGGACAAGGAGCUGAAAAUGCAACCUGAACCACUAGUAGUGAAGGGGAAGAAGAUUAAUGGUGGCCCUCAGAUGAUUCAGCUCAGUCUGGAUGGGAGGAGACUUUAUGUGACAACCUCACUGUACAGUGUCUGGGACAAGCAGUUUUAUCCUGAUAUGGUCAAGGACGGCUCUGUAAUGUUACAGGUUGAUGUAGAUACCACAAAUGGUGGUUUGAAGCUUAAUCCAGACUUCCUUGUGGAUUUUGGGAAAGAACCAGAUGGACCUGUUUUGGCUCACGAGUUACGUUAUCCAGGGGGUGACUGCAGCUCUGACAUCUGGAUCUAAGGACAACAACUAGAAAUUCAGAUCACAGCUCCAGUAAUACAUGAGAAAUGUCACAUGCCUGCACCACAUUUUUGCUUUUACUUGGGAACUUUAAAAGGACAUUCUUUUAGCUCAAAUAAAACUACCCUGUACAUUCAUUUAUAAUUUUACUUACUUUUGCCAUUGGUAAAAAAAAGUGUUCCAUGCCCCUCUGAGCACUCUUUAUGCUUGUCAAUCAAGCUAGCACUUAUUGUGUAUGCAUGAUGGGAAAUUUAUUGGACAUUAAUGACACUCAGUGGGAGACAGAACUUUUUGUUCUUUUUAAUACUUCUUUAUAUAUCUGCAGAGAACUUAUUAUACUGGAUAAAUAAUGUCUAAUUCUGCUUUGUAUGCCUAAUUGUAUCAUCCAGUAAAGCAAGGUCACAAAUGUGAUUAUGAAAUUGUA